UGUCUCCUCUGCAAUGGCGUCUGGGCUGGUGAGACUGCUCCAGCAGGGGCCUCGUUGCCUCCUGGCUCCGGCCGUCCCCACGCUCGUUUCUCCAGUUCGGGGAGUGAAGAAGGGGUUCCGCGCCGCCUUACGCUUCCAGAAGGAAUUAGAACGGCGGCGCCUACUCCAGUGCCCUCCGCCGCCCGUGCGCCGUUCAGAGAAACCCAACUGGGAUUACCAUGCUGAAAUACAAGCUUUUGGACAUCGGUUACAGGAAACCUUUUCCUUAGAUCUUCUCAAAACUGCAUUUGUUAACAGCUGCUAUAUUGAAAGUGAGGAGGCCAAACGCCAAAAACUUGGAAUAGAGAAAGAAGCUGUUCGUCUGAAUCUUAAAGAUAAUCGAGAACUAUCUGAAGAAGGGAUAUCUUUUGCACAAACUUGCCUCACACAAUUUCUUGAAGAUGAGUACCCAGACUUGCCCACUGAAGGCAUCAAAAGUCUUGUUGACUUUCUCACUGGUGAGGAAGUUGUGUGUCACGUGGCUAGAAACUUGGCUGUGGAGCAGUUGACACUGAGUGCAGAAUUUCCAGUGCCCCCAGCUGUAUUAAAGCAGACUUUCUUUGCAGUAAUUGGUGCCCUGCUACAGAGUAGUGGGCCUCAGAGGACUGCACUUUUCAUCAGGGACUUCUUAAUUACUCAAAUGACUGGAAAAGAGCUCUUUGAGAUGUGGAAGAUAAUAAAUCCCAUGGGGCUACUGGUAGAAGAACUGAAGAAAAGGAAUAUUUCAGCUCCUGAAUCGAGACUUACGAGGCAGUCUGGAAGCACCACAGCUUUGCCUUUGUAUUUUGUUGGCUUAUACAGUGAUAAAAAGCUGAUUGCAGAAGGACCUGGGGAAACAGUAUUGGUUGCAGAAGAAGAAGCUGCUCGAGUGGCACUUAGAAAACUUUAUGGAUUCACAGAGAAUAGACGGCCCUGGGACUAUUCUAAGCCCAAAGAGAAAGUUUUGAGAGCAGAAAAGACCAAAGAUGUGGCAACCUGAAAUUUGUAAGCAAAACAAGAUGAAUGUCAAAGACAUUUUUGAAAUUGUAAAGAAGUACACCUUAUUCUUCAUACCGUGUUUCUAAAAUUAAGUGUUUAUCAGGUCACAGUAUUUUUUAAAAAAAUCUUCUGUUUUGUCAAAAGUCUUUUUUUUUGACAUUUUUCCAAUUAAUUUUCCUUAAAAUCCUUGAUUUUAUUAUUGUAUGUAAUUUGUACAGUUAGGUGU